GGGACCAACUGUGUUCUCUUCUGAGCAAGGUGUGUUAGGUAAGCCAAGAUCUGGUUCUGAGGGUUGGCUAGAGACUGCGGGGUCCCACCGAGACGCCUAGGCACCCCACAGCCCUGGGGAGUCUGGGUCUUGCCUUUCCUCGGUCGCAGCACGCGAGUCAGUGUGACCCGCGUUCCCUGCAGCCUGGGAUCUAAGCAGGUGUUCUGGUGCUGAAGGUGGUUGGGCUCAGAAUGAGAAAAUGAGAGACCUAUGCAAACAGGAUGAUUGGACACUUAGCGACGGCGUUUGUGCUCAUCAGGAAUCAGCUGUGUAAGUGACGUCAGCGCAUGGACUGUAAGUCGGAAGAGAGCGCCCAGAGAACAGACUCACAGGCCUUUCAGGAACCAGACGGACUCCCAGAGGCCGGAGGUGAAGAUGGACUCUCUGAAAGCUUCCAGCUUCUGCAGGUGGAUGUGGAGUACGAGCGCCCAGAAGAGACCAGCCCUGCAAACAGUGCCGUGUGGAGCUCGAAAAACAUGCAAAGAAAACAGAGACACUGGGAAAGGAUAGUCUCCUCAAAGAAGAGCAAAAGGAAGCAGGAAAGAGAACGAAGGAAAGCCAAGCGUGCAGAAGACCCCGGUAACGGCACCUGCCCACAGCACAGCAAACGCUUUUUGAAAGCCUUAACCAAAGAGAAACUUUUGGAAGCCAAACACUCAGGACCAAGACUAUGUGUUGACUUGAGCAUGACCCAGCACAUGUCAAAGAAGGAAUUGAGUAGGUUGGCGGGACAGAUUCGAAGGUUGUAUGGUUCGAACAAAAAAGCCAGCAGGCCCUUUUGGAUCUGCCUUACUGGAUUCUCAACUGCCAGCCCCCUCUAUGAGGAGUGUCUGAGGAUGAACGACGGGUUUUCUGCUUACUUGCUGGAUGUGACAGAAGAAGACUGCUUUAGCCUUUUUCCUCUGGAAACCCUUGUGUACCUGACUCCUGACUCCGAACACUCCCUUGAAGACAUUGAUCAGAGCACAGUUUACGUUAUUGGUGGACUUGUAGAUGAGAGCAUUCAGAAGAAGGUGACAUUUCAAAAAGCCCGAGAAUACUCUGUCAAGACAGCCCGCUUGCCAAUCCAGGAAUACAUGAUCAAGCGCCAGAAUGAGAAAAACUACCAUUCGGAAAUAUUGGCCAUCAACCAAGUGUUCGAUAUCCUGUCUACUUACUUUGAAACUCGUAACUGGCCUGAAGCACUGAAGAAAGGAGUUUCUCCAGGAAAAGGCUACGUUCUUCAGAAUUCAGCAGAAGGAUGAGCAGCCUAAGAUUCCAGCUGCAGGGGGUGAAGUGCCAGAGGUGUCUUGACCAAAGGACCAGGCAAAGUGUGGCAAUGGCACACACUUGCCUCUACAUGCUAUCUCGGAUCUUUGAAAGCCAUUAGUGGCAAGGACCACAUUUUAUGUUGUCACCCACAAUGCCUAACUCACUGAAAAUGCCCUGAUAAAACAUAUUAUGGUUUAAAAAAAAAGCUUGUGUUAAGUAAUUGCCAAAAUACAUGUCAUUCUGGGUGUUAAUUCAUGCUUUGUACAUUCAUCUGUUUGUGAAAGGUCUACUUUUAAAGUUGUUUAAAUGAUUGUCUGAACUUUUCAUUUAACUUACAUAAAAUUAUUUUUGUCACCUGAAAUGUGCCGAUUUCCACCAGCUCAGACAUAUGCUGCAACAAGCUCUGCUGUCCUAGCCCCGCCUGGCCCGCACUACUUUACGUUUAGAGUACUUGGUUCUUUCCUGUGGCUCUCACCCUGUUCUUGUUCUGACUAUAGUCAUGGAGGGCUCCUCUCCUCUAGUCUUUGUAAAUAGCUUUGUGUAGCCUUGAGCUUAGACAAGCCAAGUGCUCUGGACAAAUAUAUACCCCAAGUUAAUAAAAACAAAAGUAAUUAUUGAUAAAUCCAACAUAAAGCAGCCAAAAAAGGUUGCUGCAUUCUGACAGAGAAGCAUACUGAUCCACCUUCUGUGUUACUCUUAUUGCAGGAUAGGCAAGGCCUCAGGGAAGCCCUUUAAGGGACUGGGCCACAUAGGCUUCAGGGGUCCAUAACUCAUUCUCAGAGGUCUGACUGAACUGAGAACCCCUCAGCUCUUACCACCUGCCAGCCUACACUUUUCCCUGUGGAGGUUUUACCAUAACGUAGAUAGCACAGAAUCUUCCUCCAACUCUAAACACUCCUCUUUAUCCAAAACCUGAGCUCGUAGGUUUUUAAGAUUGUGGGAAUUCUGUUAAAUGAUGUUUAGCCAGCCUUGGAUUAAAAAUCUUCAUCAUACUAUUACAUCUAAGGAAAAAAAAACUGAAUAUAUAUAAAAAAUACUAAUUAUGAAGUGAAA